CUCCUGAAGGAUAUACCAGAAGCGUUCCACAUGGAUAAUUCCACGAGUGAUGAAGACACAGAUGAGGACUUUGAUACCCAGCUCAUCAUCCAGCAGAGUUUACAGGACAUUCACCAGCCGAGGACUACACAGCAGGCAUCGGCAGAUGAGAGCUUCCAUUCCUUUGUGAGUGCUGACUACAAGAAGAUAAUAGAAACAAUAGAGGCAGUAGGUAAGGAAGAUGCAUUGUCACACUUGACCAAGCACCAUUCUGCUUUUGAUGAAGCAGACGGGACAGGCUGGCUUCCUCUGCACAGGGCCGCAGUGCAGUUAAAUAAGAACAUUUUGCAAAUAACCCUGAAAGCUUCAAAACCCAGCAUGUGGGAGCAAACCACCCACAAUGGUGAAACGCCACUUUUCUUGGCUGUCAGCACUUGCCUCUUAGAAAAUGCCCAUUUUCUUCUUCUCAAUGGCUGCAAUCCGAAUGCCAAGAAUUCUGAAGGCAAUUCUCCUCUUCUUACAGCUGUCCUACACAACUCCUAUGAGAUGGCCGCCUUGCUCAUCAGCUAUGGGGCAGACGUGAAUCUGCGUUGUACCAACGAGAGGACAGCUCUCCACGAAGCAGCCAAACUGGGCAGGCAGGACAUAGUGAAGCUGAUGUUGGUUUCAGGGGCACACCCUGACCCACAGAGCUCCUACGGAUUCACUCCUCUCGCUCUUGCUGCCCAAAGUGGACACACUGAAAUCAUGGAAAUGUUACUACAGAAAGGCAAGAUUUUCUAUACGGCCUCAGACUCUUCUUCCAUCUUACUUGAAGCUGCUAGUGGAGGAAAUCCAGACUCGGUGACUCUUCUACUAGAGCAUGGGGCUGAUGCCAACAUCCCUAAGAAUUCAGGCCACCUGCCCAUUCAUGUGGCAGCUGACAGAGGCCAUUUGUUAGCCCUAAAGAUUUUGGUUCCAGUGACGGAUCUUGCCGCCAUUAAGCGGAGUGGUAUCAGUCCCGUGCACUGCGCAGCAGCAGGAGCACACUCCGAAUGCCUGGAACUCCUCAUCCAGGAGGGAUUUGAUGUAAAUUUCAUGCUGGAUCAGAGAAUUCGCAAACACUAUGAUGACCACAGGAAGUCAGCUUUGUAUUUUGCUGUAUCAAAUGGUGACCUCUCUUCAGUUAAGCUGCUUCUGAGUGCUGGAGCUCUGCCUAAUCAAGACCCAGUUAACUGCCUCCAGAUAGCCCUGCGGAUGGGCAACUAUGAACUGAUAAGUCUGCUGCUCCGGCAUGGGGCCAAUGUCAAUUAUUUCUGCAAAGUCAACCCUUUACAUUUCCCAUCAGCACUGCAGUACACGCUGAAAGAUGAAGUCAUGCUCAGGAUGCUACUGAAUUAUGGGUAUGACACAGAGCGAUGCUUUGAUUGUCCUCAUGGAGACAAAGUUCAUCCUUGCUAUACUUUUGAAGGCUGGACAUCUACAGUUAUCAAAGAUACUAUGUUUUGUGAAGUAAUAACAUUGUCAUGGCUGCAACAUCUCUCUGGAAAGGUUGUUCGAGUGAUGCUUGACUAUGUUGAUCAAGUUCAAAUCUGUUCAAAGUUGAAAGCUGUGCUCCAAAAACAGGGGCUCUGGUCAGAAAUCCAUUUUAUCUUGACAAACCCACGGGCCCUCAAACAUCUGUGCCGCCUGAAGAUCCGACAGUGUAUGGGGCGCUUACGCCUGCGCUGCCCGGUCUUCAUGUCCUUCCUUCCGUUACCAAACCGUCUCAAAGCAUAUGUCCUUUACAAAGAAUAUGACCUUUAUGGACAAGGGAUUUUCACAGGAACCUGGUAGUCAAACCAUUCUGGAUGGAAAGGUAUAAUUCCAUAAGCUGUAUAAAGUUUUACUUGUUACAUAUGAUUCAUGAUUUCUCACUUUACCUAGCAACUAAAAUCUCAAUGCAGUUUACAUUCUUUCUUAAUAUUGAUAUUACUAUUCUUUCUUAAUAUCCUUAACACUGCUUCUCAGGGAGACUGAGUGGCUUAGUCAGUUAAGUGUCCGACUCUUGAUCCCAGCUCAGGUCUUGAUCUCAGGAUCAUGAGUUCAAGUCCCAACAAGGGAAUUGAGUUGCUUCUCAAGAGCAUUCUGAAAGGCAGUUUAAAAAAAAAAAAAAAACUCCCCCCAAAUACAUUAAAAAACCAAACCCAAGCCUUAAAACUUCAAUUAGCAGAAACAGAUCAGUUCCCAUUCUGUAUUCAUUUUACAUUAAAUGUAUUAGCUACAUUUCUACAAGUCCACACAAUAGAUGCCACCCCUAAUAAUUCAAGGUAACAAAUUCUUUUUAUAGAGAAGUACAUAUAUAAAGUAUCUUAGUAAUUACACUGGAUAAAAUACUGACCCG